AUGGCCGGGCAGCGUCGCUAUGGCACGACCAAGGGCGACAAGCUGACCGGAGUCCGGGGCGGGAGCGGCAAGGCAAGCAAGGGUCCAAAUGCGGAGCAACCGCGGGUGGCACGAGAGGCGAGAGCGCACGGCGGAGAGGAAGCCGGGCGUGAGCGCCCCGCCUCGGAGCGUGAACCGCUGCUCCUGGGGUCAACCGACGACGGCAACGGUGGGCGGAACCUCGGCGACUCGACCGACGUGUUCGCCCCGGGCAGCAGUCGCCGAGACAACAGCAAGGUGCUCACCACCCUCCUCGUCCUGAACUACAUGAUCGGGUCUGGCAUUCUGAAUUCCCCGCAGGUGUUCGAAGGGAGCGGCAUCGGCCCGGCAACAAUCCUCUACGCUGUCUCAGCCGUCGCGAUCUGGCUCGGCAUCGUUGUGCUCAUCAACGCCUCCGAGAUUUCAUUCCCCCAAGGGUACGCCCGAACCGGCACUAGUAGCGACAACGGCCCCAGCGAGCUGGCGGGAGGAAGAGGGGGCGGGGGCGGCGGCGAUGCCGACCGCCUCGACGACAUCGAGUUCGCCCAACUGGCGAGAGAGACCGUAGGUCCCCUCGGCCCGUUGGCGGUGGACGCCGCCAUCGUGCUGUGCAACUUCGGGGACGUGUGCUCCUACGUUAUCCUGGUGGGGUCUCUGACGGGCUCGCUGCUGCUGGAGUGGUUCGGCGGCACGGCGAGCGACGUGUGGUGGGCGUCUUUCUCGGUGGUGACGCCCGUCAUGGCGGUGCUCUUCGUGUUCCCCCCCUGCCUCAUCCGACACUUUAGUAACCUCAGAUGGCUCGCCGUCUUCAGCUUUUGCACCAUCUGCUCCGUCGUAGCUCUCGUCGUAAUCGGCGGGCCGAUCUACGCCAACGAGGAAAGAGCGGAGCCAGGUCACGACCCGGACCUCGACGCUAGCGUGGUCUGGUGGGAUUGGGUGGGGGCGGUAGCGAACCUCGGGUCGAUCGUGUUCGCUCUGUCGUGUGCCCCGGCCGUGCUCCACGCUUACUCUUCGAUGACACCGCGAUCCACCAGGGCAUGGCGCUCGGUAUCGACCUGGGCCUUGGGCGUGGGCGUCUGCCUUUGUUACUCCAUGGGUCUUGCGGGGUACUUGUCCUUCCGCGACUCGGUCGACGGGGACAUCCUCCUGAACUUUUCCGGCGCAAUAGCGUCAGUGUUCAAGGCCGCUGUCGUCGUACACUUGAUCCUCUACAUCCCCAGCGAGGUUAUCGUCAUGAGACAUAGCCUCUACGCGCUGCGAGGGAAGGACGUGAUGGUGGCGGAGUUUGGGCAGGUGGCGUGGGUCACGUUUGCGCUGCUGGCGCUCGCCGUGGGGGCCAUGGUCGGCUUGAAUACCGUCGGCGUUGCUCAGGGGCCACUGGCGACAGGGAAGGGAAGGGGGGGUGGUGGAACCGGGGCCGGGGCCCAGGUCCCGUGCCACGUGUCGGAACGUGAAGGUAAUGCUGAAAAGUGUUUUUAA